AUGCCUCCAGCAAAACCGCUACCUUAUCCGGACGAUUUUUCCAGCGCGGAUCAAUACGUCGACUCCUUGUUGCACUUCGCAACCACAUCGACUCUUUUCCAAACCCUAUGCGGAGGCGUUCAUAUCCUCGAUUUCUUUAUCGAGAGCCCUACUCUGUAUCAUAACAUUCUUCCUGAAGAAUGGCGUGGCUGGUUGCUAGAUUGUCCCGAGAUGGAUCUUCUUGAUUUGCUUCUGCGCGAUGAUCUCUCUUUACCACGUGAUAAUCCACCCCCAGAAUCAUUCAUUAAAUAUAUUCGAGAGAUUCGGAAACAUUCUCUGCUCAGGGGCGUGGAGAGGAAAAAUUUUAGUACGAAGAAAUUACCAAAGCAUGUGGCUGUAGGUAUGAUUCCGAAAAAGGUGCACGAGGUGACGAAUUUUGCGGAUUAUGUGGUUCGGGUUGCGGAUUCGGUCAAGGAGGAGAGUGGGAAGGAAAUUACCCAUUUUGUUGAUUUUGGGAGUGGUCAGAAUUAUUUGGGGAGGGCUCUUGCCAGUCCGCCGUGGAAUCGGUGGAUUGUGGCCGUGGAGAGUAAGGGGGGGAAUAUUGAAGGCGCGAAAAAUAUGGAUAUUUUAGCGGGGAUGGCGGAGAGGGAAAAGGUUAUGAGGAAUAAGAAGGUUUUUAGGGAGAAGAUUAUGGGAGAGGUGGGGAAGACUAAGAGGAAUGUGGGAAAGAUGGAUAGGGAUGAAGAGGCGGACUUAAGACCGGCGAGGAAUUUGCAGACGAUUUAUACGCCCAGCGAUGGGAAGGGGUAUAUUCAGUAUGUGGAACAUCGAGUUGAAGAUGGAGAUUUAUCAGACGUAGUAUCUCAAAUUGAGAAACUGAAAACUUCUGCCCCAGAAGAAAAUCUCAACAUCAUCUCCGAACCCGGUUCUACGACUUCAACUGCGGAGGAAAUCAUAUCACGCGUUUCAGGAGCGAUAACCCCGGAAACAAACCUCAUGGCUAUAUCGAUCCAUUCCUGCGGUAAUCUCUCGCACCAUGGCAUCCGCUCUCUUCUACUCAAUCCUUCUGUACACGCUAUUGCUAUUGUAGGCUGCUGCUAUAAUCUUCUAUCUGAACGCCUCACUUUACCGUCCUUCAAACAUCCUUUACUCCGCCCCAAUCUCCGCGCUGUCAAUCUUCCCACUCCUUCUCCCUCUUCCUCUCCCGCAUCAGCUGAUCCCCAUGGCUUUCCUAUGUCCAAUCGCCUGGCUACAUACAACGAAACAGGUAUUACCCUCAACAUCACCUCGCGCAUGAUGGGCGUCCAAGCACCCGCCAAUUGGACAGCUAAAGAUAGCGAGUCCUUCUUCACACGGCACUUCUACCGCGCUUUACUACAGAAACUCUUUUUAGACUAUGGAGUCGUCCAAGCGAUUCCAUUGGAUACUUCAGACCAUCCCAAACAACCUUCUUCAUGCACGUCCCCAGAAUGCGGCGGAUGCGAAAAAGAAGAAAAAAGCAUCACCACAACCCCUAUAAUCAUCGGCUCCCUCCGCAAAACAUGCUACACAUCAUUCACCACCUAUGUCCGCGGCGCCAUUCAAAAACUAACCAACACCCCAUCUCCAUCCUCAUCAUCCACCUCACCAGAUACAUCCACACCUACACCCACACCCACACCCCAAGCACCCCUCACCCCCCGCACCGACAUCUCGACGCUAAUCCACACCAAACUCGACCGUCUAACCGAUCACGACAUAGAGACAUACGAAGCGCGCUACUCAGCUUGCAGAAAAGAACUUAGUAUCAUGUGGUCAUUAAUGGCUUUUAGUGCGGGAGUGGUAGAAUCGAUGAUUGUGACGGAUAGGUAUUUAUUUCUGUGUGAGGCGGUAAAGAGGGGGGAGUGUAGGGAUGCGUGGGUGGAGGGAGUGUUUGAGUAUAAGGUUAGUCCGAGGAAUUUGGUGGUGGUGGGGGUUAAGUAG